AUGGUGGCAGAUAAGGUCAUCACCUGGAUUACAAUACUGGAUCACUCAGCACUGCUUCCACUGGAUCACAAUACUGGAUCACUCAGCACCUCUUCCACUGGAUCACAAUACUGGAUCACUCAGCACCUCCUCCACUGGAUCACAAUACUGGAUCACUCAGCACCUCCUCCACUGGAUCACAAUACUGGAUCACUCAGCACCUCCUCCACUGGAUCACAAUACUGGAUCACUCAGCACCUCCUCCACUGGAUCACAAUACUGGAUCACUCAGCACCUCCUCCACUGGAUCACAAUACUGGAUCACUCAGCACCUCCUCCAGUGGAUCACUCAGCACCACUUCCACUGGAUCACAAUACUGGAUCACUCAGCACCUCCUCCACUGGAUCACAAUACUAGAUUACUCAGCAUCACUUCCACUGGAUCACAAUACUGGAUCCCAUUACUGGAUCACUCAGCACUGCUUCCACUGGAUCACAAAACAUCACUUCCACUGGAUCACAAUACUGGAUUACUCAGCAUCACUUCCACUGGAUCACAUUACUGGACCACAAUACUGGAUCACAUUACUGGACCACAUUACUGGAUCAUGUUAUGGUAAUCAUCUGCAGAAGAAGAUAUUAACACCAGCCAUACUGUGUGUGUGUGUGUGUGUGUGUGUGUGUGUGUGUGUGUGUGUGUGUGUGUGUGUGUGUGUGUGUGUGUGUGUGUGUGUGUGUGUGUGUGUGUGUGUGUGUGUGUGUGUGUGUGUGUGUGUGUGUGUGUGUGUGUGGGCCAUUCAUUGUUGUACAUGUUACUGUGAGUGUGGAGAGUAUCAAUGUGAUGGUAUUAGAGUAGUGAUGAUCAACUCCUAUCUCUUCCAGUCACAUUCAAGUUGUUCAUGUUACAGAUCUGAGCCCCAUAUAAGCUGAUGGUAGGACAUCUUCACCUAAAUGAUACUGAGCUGAUGGUAGGACAUCUUCACCUAAAUGAUACUGAGCUGAUGGUAGGACAUCUUCAACAAAAUGAUACUGAACUGAUGGUAGGACAUCUUCAACUAAAUGAUACUGAGCUGAUGGUAGGACAUCUUCACCUAAAUGAUACUGAGCUGAUGGUAGGACAUCUUCACCUAAAUGAUACUGAGCUGAUGGUAGGACAUCUUCACCUAAAUGAUACUGAGUCUGGAAGUUUACUGUGAAGGUUCUCAAACUAUUCAUUCUCCAGUCGCUGAAUGCAAAGUCAUGUUUUCUUAAACAGCAAAUCUUAAUUUGUUCAUAGAUGCUGUUCCAUGCUAAAGGCAAUGAAACCUAAAGUCAGUAUGGCUUGUAAAAUGUAUAUUGUAUAACUUUUCUGUGUUUCUAAAGGCUUCUAGUUGUAAAAAUGCAUAUGUUUUGUAAAUAUCAAGAAGGAGAUGGAAGUUUGUACCUGUCAGUAACCUGGAUUUGAUGUGAGUGCCAGUCUGUUUGUGCUGUCAUGCCAACUCCUCAUCACUCAUUGUCACAUGGCUUGACAAUGACCAAUGGGGUUGGCAGGAGCACAAACAGAUCAGGGACAAGGCUAGAUGCUAUGUAGCAUAAUGUUCAUCCCGGAAUGUAGUAAUGACAGAUCUGAGACCAGGUUAGAUGUUAUGUAACAAUGUGCAGCAAUGUAAUGUAGUAAUGACAGAUCUGGGACCAGGCUAGAUGUUAUGUAGAUUAAGGUUCAACCCUGUAAUGUAGUAAUGACAGAUCUGGGACCAGCCUGGAUAUUAUGUAGAUUAAUGUUCAGCCCUGUGAUGUAGUAAUGUAGCCACACAUAGGUUUAGCUGCCAUGGUAUCUGUUACCCUCAAAUCUCAAGAUACAACCCUCUUCAUGUAUUUCAAUGAGUUUAAUUGUGUGUGUGUGUGUGUGUGUGUGUGUGUGUGUGUGUGUGUGUGUGUGUGUGUGUGUGUGUGGGCCAUUCAUUGUUGUACAUGUUACUGUGAGUGUGGAGAGUAUCAAUGUGAUGGUAUUAGAGUAGUGAUGAUCAACUCCUAUCUCUUCCAGUCACAUUCAAGUUGUUCAUGUUACAGAUCUGAGCCCCAUAUAAGCUGAUGGUAGGACAUCUUCACCUAAAUGAUACUGAGCUGAUGGUAGGACAUCUUCACCUAAAUGAUACUGAGCUGAUGGUAGGACAUCUUCACCUAAAUGAUACUGAGCUGAUGGUAGGACAUCUUCAACAAAAUGAUACUGAACUGAUGGUAGGACAUCUUCAACUAAAUGAUACUGAGCUGAUGGUAGGACAUCUUCACCUAAAUGAUACUGAGCUGAUGGUAGGACAUCUUCACCUAAAUGAUACUGAGCUGAUGGUAGGACAUCUUCACCUAAAUGAUACUGAGUCUGGAAGUUUACUGUGAAGGUUCUCAAACUAUUCAUUCUCCAGUCGCUGAAUGCAAAGUCAUGUUUUCUUAAACAGCAAAUCUUAAUUUGUUCAUAGAUGCUGUUCCAUGCUAAAGGCAAUGAAACCUAAAGUCAGUAUGGCUUGUAAAAUGUAUAUUGUAUAACUUUUCUGUGUUUCUAAAGGCUUCUAGUUGUAAAAAUGCAUAUGUUUUGUAAAUAUCAAGAAGGAGAUGGAAGUUUGUACCUGUCAGUAACCUGGAUUUGAUGUGAGUGCCAGUCUGUUUGUGCUGUCAUGCCAACUCCUCAUCACUCAUUGUCACAUGGCUUGACAAUGACCAAUGGGGUUGGCAGGAGCACAAACAGAUCAGGGACAAGGCUAGAUGCUAUGUAGCAUAAUGUUCAUCCCGGAAUGUAGUAAUGACAGAUCUGAGACCAGGUUAGAUGUUAUGUAACAAUGUGCAGCAAUGUAAUGUAGUAAUGACAGAUCUGGGACCAGGCUAGAUGUUAUGUAGAUUAAGGUUCAACCCUGUAAUGUAGUAAUGACAGAUCUGGGACCAGCCUGGAUAUUAUGUAGAUUAAUGUUCAGCCCUGUGAUGUAGUAAUGUAGCCACACAUAGGUUUAGCUGCCAUGGUAUCUGUUACCCUCAAAUCUCAAGAUACAACCCUCUUCAUGUAUUUCAAUGAGUUUAAUGUGUGUGUGUGUGUGUGUGUGUGUGUGUGUGUGUGUGUGUGUGUGUGUGUGUGUGUGUGUUAAAAAUAAAAUUAAAAUAAAUAUUACUGUACAUUCAUCGUUGUGGACACUCACAGGACACAUUCACUUCGUUUUGUCAUCGUGAUUGGACAGGCUGCUGUUGCAUGUUGGAAAAACACCAAUCGGAGGGCUCUGCACCCUUCUACGCAAUCAACCAGGUGGUACUGCUCACAAGUCCUGCUCACAAGUUAUUGCUCUUUUCCAGAACUACAAACAUGGCUGUUGGAUUUGUGAAUUGAGACUUUUUAAUCACUGCCUUUUAGACACUGUGAAUUUUUUGGUACUCUAUAUUUUUGUAUAUUGUACAUUGUAAAAAAUGAAUAAAAAUGUAGUUUGGUGCCAAA